UCAUUAAAUCAGGGCUCUGAGCUGAGCUCCUCUGAAGAUGAGGGGUCAGUUGAUUGGCAGCCCCCAAAGAAUGGAACAGAAGAAGAGGAGGAAGAGGAGGAAGAGGAGGAGGAGGAAGAAGAGACCAGUGUGAAGCGAAGGGUUCCCCAGCUGCAAAAGAAAUGGCCUGCACCCACACCCAGGAACAGUCAGAAUACAAAAUUGCAGACUUUAUCUGUCAAAUUGAAUUGUCCCACUUUAAAGACACUGGCAAUGAUUCAGGUUUAUGUAAGCCCAGCCACUGCUGACAUCUUGGCAAAACAGUCACAGAAUGUUUGUGCAGUGACUAAAUCAGAGACAGAAAAGACUUCUGAUGAAACCAAGUUUUGUGACACUACAGUGAAAAUUAAAAGACAAGAGCCAUCAGAAGAGGAGGAGAGAAAGACCUGUGAGGAGGAAAGGAUGAAGCUGCAGGAGGAGCAUCAGAGGAAAGAAGAACGACAUGUAAAAGAAGUGACAAAGGAGAGAGGACAACAUGGAGACAAAGAGGUCAAAGCUGAGAGAGAGCCUGCAAGGAGAAAAGGACCAGGUGGAGAAGAGGCAGUGAAAGAGGAGGGGAGGUGUCUGAGGAGAAGAGGACAACAUGGAGACAAAGAGGUCAAAGCGGGGAGAGGGCGUCCAAGGACAAAAGGACCAGGUGGAGAAGAGGCAGUGAAAGACGAGGGGGGGUGUCUGAGGAGAAGAGGACAACAUGGAGACAAAGAGGUCAAAGCAGGGAGAGGGUGUCCAAAGAGAAAAGGACCAGGUGAAGAAGAGGCAGUGAAAGAGGAGGGGAGGUGUCUGAGGAGAAGAGGACAACAUGGAGACAAAGAGGUCAAAGCAGGGAGAGGGUGUCCAAAGAGAAAAGGACCAGGUGAAGAAGAGGCAAUGAAAGAGGAGAGGAGAUCGCCAUCUCCAGUUCCCUGUCCAGCGGUGGUGGCGUCCUUCGUCGUGUUUUCUCUGCCCGUCUUUUGA